UUGUAAAAAGGUGGCGUAGGGGCAAUUAGAGGCAAGUGUGUGUUUCUGCCGACUGGAUCGCAGAGCAGGACUGAAAACGGAAACUAUCGAGCAACUUCAUGCGGGUGCUUUUGGUGCAGAUCACAUCUUGAAGAUUUGGACUGAACAAACGGCGUUUUACUGGCUGCCAAGGGUCUUUUUAUUUUUGACAUUACCGUGUUACUGCCCCAGCACCUCCAGGUGGCCUCUGGUGCAUUCAUUUGUAAGCACAAUCUACUUCUUCAGGUUACACGCGGCAGCGGAGCUACGUGACUCCACUCAUUCUGAGCAUUACUAAACCGGGAGCGGGUGACUUGGAAAUUCCCUGUCAGCACCUUUUUUUUUCUGAGUAGUUUGCAACUUUGGUUGGAUUUGCUUUAUUGUAUGCACCGGGAGCCACCAGCCCAUCUCCGCUCGCAGACAUCGCGAAAUGAAAUUCGAGUUUGUCAUCGAGACUGCGGUGGCGCUUUAUCUGCUGCUCUCACCUGCACAGAGUCUGCCCUUGUCAGACAUAAACAGUACAACUGAAGUGCUGAUGUUCCAAGAAGUGUGGGGUCGGAGCUUCUGUCGGACCAUUGAGAAGCUGGUGGAAGUGGUGCAGGAGUACCCCACAGAGGUGGAACACAUCUACAGUCCCUCCUGUGUGCCGUUGGUGAGGUGUGCAGGUUGUUGUGGGGAUGAGAACUUGGAGUGCCAUCCCACCCACACCAAAAAUGUCACCAUGCAGCUGUUGAAAAUCAGGCCAUCAGAGCCAGGUCAAGAAUAUGUUGAGAUGACAUUUGUAGAGCAUCAGACAUGUGAAUGUAGACUUAGGAAACCCAUUGUAAAGGUUGAAAGGAAGAUACAAAGACCAAGAGGCAGGAGGAGAAAGGAGAGACAAAAAACAAAAGAAUGUGAUAGGUGCCAGAUCCCUCGCAGGUAACUGUGGUGGACCCAGCCCCCCUGUUGCAGUGUUGAUCACUAUUUAUUUCCAGUCCAGUGACAGCAUCAAGAAUCUCUUCUGCUCAUCUGUCAAUACCGUGUCUGUAGGCUCAAACAGUUGAAUUGUUUUGCUGACAGGCCCUCCUGCCGAUGGGCAGCGCAUUUGUGAUGACAAGGUUCAACAGGAAGUGUGUUUUGAUGGGUGGAAACAUUGCUGUUACACACCUGAACACAAUGGACAUUCCUGGGAGCCAGUGCAAUGUAGAACCAAACAGACAGAUGCCUUCUAUUUUAUUCUAGCUAUUACUGUAACAGUUAUUAUAAUUUGUUAAUUUCUUUGGUAUUUAAAGGUUGUUACACUAUAUUUAUUGAUACAGCUGAAUAUAUUUGGACCAGCAACUUCUUAAAAGUUUGUCAUCUUUUGAUCAAAUAUUAUUCAAGAUGCCUUGACUUGUCAUAGCAGUGUAUGCUGGACUGAGAGUGUAGCUGCUUUGUAAAUGCAGUAAUGAAAUGUCUCCCUCUAGUGUGUAUAGAAAUGUGUUCAAAACCUCUGAGAAUAUAUUUUUCUCUAUAGAAAUAAGAGUAGACAUAGACCAGUGUUAAGGGCCACAGUCAAUCACAUCAUCAGCUUAAUAAAUCUAUUAGCUAUGAAUGUAACAAAACCUCAGUGAUUAUAAUAAAUAAAUAAGAUACAUUUAAAAAUUUGACAGUUUUACAGUUUUAAUUACACCUGUUUUGUCUGUGAACAAAACAGUGGUCAUAUGGAAUUUAGGUCAGUGCUGAAUUACACAUGAAGAAAGGAGCACGGUAAAAGGCAAAUGUGCUCCUAAUGUGUGCCUCCAUCUCUGGGUAACCAGGCCUGCAAGGAACCAGUGUUUUAUGAAUACUGACAUACAGUUUAUUUCUUGCACCAGACAGUGUGUAGUGGACUGCAGAGUGGAUGUGGCAAGCCCAUUAUGAAUGGGAAGAUCAGUACUACAGUAAUCAAUAUUGUCAUGCAAAACUAAUUUGCUAUCAAUGACCAUUACACAGUCGAUCUCAAUUACUGUUUUCUUGUUUUAAUGUGACCACAGGGCUCUCACAGGUAUAUAAAUUGCAUUUCUCUGUUUUGUGCAGCUAAACAGUGCACAUUUGUGUCCACGCUGGUGACACAAGACUCACAUAAGCCUGCGCCACAGGCGUCUUCCUCUGUUCUAGGAAACACUGCAGUAAGGAAAGGAUCAAUUGACGUAGUUACGUAAAAUAAUGUCCUUUUAUAUUUUUUUCAUGUAUUACACAAAGAAGAUCUUUAUGAAACUGUAAAAAUUAACGUGUCUACUGUGUUGGUAUUUUUAAAUUUCAUUUAAAUAUUUAUUUUGUAGUUAAAUGUUUAUGGUUGUCAUUUUGUCUUCUUGUGUGGUUUAUUUUAUUAAACUCAGAUGUCAAAUUCAGCACUUUUGUCAACCCCUAAAUGUCAUGGAAAUAUUACUGCUAUAGGUAUUUUAAUCUCUCCUCUCAUGUUCUUUAAAACAAUAAAAGACAAUGUCAGACCCUCAGAGGGCAAGAAAGAACUACCUGAAAAAGGUCAGCUGGGGCUGAAGUAAAACGAAACCUUCAGAGGACGGUUCAGAAAGAGAUUCUUCUUCUUCUGGGAUUUAUUAGACAGGUUUAUACUUAAACUGAUGUGAAGUGGUUCUUCCUUUCCACAUGAGUCAGAUUACCCCCAGUCACCAUUAAUCAUACAGUUGAUACUGUAAGUGCACAAGGAGAAAGGAAUGACUACGUGAGGAACCUCUUGCAGCCUUUUAUAAUCUAGCAGCUUCCUGUGGCCAGCUCGCUCCUCUCUUCUGCGUGCCUGCUAGUACUCAACUACAGGAGGUGAGAUGCUCCCUCAAGGCUUAGCCCAUGACCAAGGUCAGAAAAUCCUCACCACCUCACCGCAUUCUGGGCAGUACCUGAGACCAGAACCAAAAACCAUUGUCAUAUGGAGCAGAUUUAUGAACACCCACAGAUGAGAUGAGAGAGUAGAUCAUAUGCCUAUUACCACUGGAAAAGGAUUUAGUUUAUCAGCCUGGCGUUGCUGUGGAGGAUAAAAAAUACUCAGUGCUCUGGAGAGUGGAAGUGUGACUUAGAACUUGAACUUGAGCUUAUAUCCUGUGGUGUUUUUGUACACCCAACACAGUCAGUGAAUGCCACUUUAUAGAACAACCCUGCUGUCAGAGGAACAGCUGUACAUUUUGUCCAGAGGAUCCGGCACUGAAGUUUGGUCCUUUACCAUAUAAAGAGUUUAUGUAAAGUGCUGAUCAUGAUGAUCACUUUAUCAAACAAGCUUACAGCACAUUUGACUGACAGAUUGCGAUUUGAAUGUAAACAUGCAGAAAGUUGAACUCUGCAGCAUUCAGAGCUGUGACGUCAUCAGCGACAUGGCUUUGGUCUUCGUGACGUCACCAGGUCUCGCGCAGCAGCUCACCUAAGAACUGCAGCUUCACAGGCAAUCAGACCACUUCUGAACUUCAGUAGAGGUACCACGCUAGUGAGCAAGAGAGAUUAACUCGACAAACACUAGUUAAACAACAUCUAUUCAGUGAAAUACUUCGUAUUCACGUAAAAAGUGAUUCUUCCAGUUAAAAAAAUGGCAAGUUCUAGUGACAGACC